CCCGCAGUGCCCGGAUGUGGGUGACGUGCGGCCGCCAUCUUCCCGUCCCGGGCAGCCAGCGCCAGUCGGAGCCAGCGCGAGCCGCCGCCGCCGCCACCGCCACCCCUGCUGCUGCCAAGUCCUCCGCCCGCUGCCCCCGCCAUGUCGGCAACCGCUGCGACCGCACCCCCCGCCGCCCCAGCUGGGGAGGGAGGCCCCCCCGCGCCCCCUCCAAACCUCACCAGUAACAGGAGACUGCAGCAGACCCAGGCCCAGGUGGAUGAGGUGGUGGACAUUAUGAGGGUGAACGUGGACAAGGUCCUGGAGCGGGACCAGAAGCUGUCGGAACUGGACGACCGCGCCGACGCACUCCAGGCGGGGGCCUCCCAGUUUGAAACAAGUGCAGCCAAGCUCAAGCGCAAAUAUUGGUGGAAAAACCUCAAGAUGAUGAUCAUCUUGGGAGUGAUUUGCGCCAUCAUCCUCAUCAUCAUCAUUGUUUACUUCAGCUCUUAAACCCCUGAGGAGCCUGCCCUGCCCAGAGAAGGGCCUCUCCCCCCCAUCCCCAGCCGCUCCUCCACCUCUCAGCCAUAUCUUCCAGCCCCCUCCUCCCCCGGGAUCCGCGUGUGUGUGUCGUGUGUGUGCCCCCUUGUAAAUAGCCAGCUGUUAUUUAUACAUAUAUAAUAUUAUAUAUAUUUGGUCUGUUUGUAGUUUUAUUACUAGAAGAUUUUUCCGGUUGUCCUUAACACCCCUUCCUGAGGUUCCCAUCGCCUCCUUUUGCCCCUCCUCUCCUCUCCUUUCCCUCUCUUCCUCACCGGCCCCAACUCCCUUCAUUUGCAUCUGCUAUGCAAUAGUCCCUCUUCCUCCCCUCCUUCCCUUGGAUUUAGCUGAUCCUUCCUCCCGCCCUGGUCUUCCCCAUACACCCCCUCACCCCACCCCACCCCCCGACAAAAAAAAAAAAAAGAAAAGCAGCUGUCCAGGACUCCCUAGGUGCAUCUUCUUUGCAUCAUUGGGAGGCUCUGAGACUGGUCCCUUUUGGUCCUAAGAAUCCCAAGGUCUUCUGGGAGCUUCCAGCAUGUUAAUUAGCAUCAUUUGCAUACUGACAUCCCUUUUGGUUUCCUUUUUUUCUCCAUCAGGCUUCUGUUCAUUCUUUCAACUUGUGUUUCUUUUUUACUGAGGAGUUAGUCCCUAUUGGUCUGGUCCUUGUAUCACACUUUUCAUUUGCAUGACAUUACUUGCAGGUGGUAGGGAGCCUGGGCAUUGGGGGUGUCAGGCUGUUCUGGCCCCCAGAAUUGCCCUCUCCGAGCCCCUCCAGUCCAGUUUGCCUCCCCUUCCCCGAUUUUCCAAACCUCUUGUCCCUCCUUCCCCUCCCCCCAGCUGGUGUGUACGUGUCUUGGAGUUCAGUGUGUUAUGAUGGACCAAUAAUUCUGCCACUUGGAGUCUCUCCCCACAUUCCUGCUCCCCAGUUUUCAAGUGGGGUGCUCAAUUGACAUUCCCAUGGGGUCUCCCUCCCUCCCAUCUGCCUGACCCGCCUCCUCCUCCUCCCAGCAGGAGAGUUGGGGGUUGGCCACAAUCUGAUUUUUCUUGGGAGAGGUGGCUACCUGUGUGUGUGGGGUCAUCACUGCCUUGGGGAGGAGUGGGGCAGGGCAAAGAAUCCUCCCAAUUCCUGCCUGAAAUCUCUGGCCCCACCCCUGCUGGGGGUUUGACUGAAAGCCCUCCUCACCCAUUUGGGGGGUGUUGCCCUAUCAGCUCCUCUGAUUGCCCCCCUGAAUUCGGGGCAGGGGUUUUAGUCACUGCCAAUGUGUGUGUGGGACUUGCCGGAAGGUGGUGAUUCUUUCCCCUCUCCAGGGUGGUGGAGCCCAGAGAGAGCUGUCUCCUCCUUAGGUGAAAUGAUAAGGAAGGAUGUAACGUCUUUUUUAAUGGCACAAUUUUGGGGGUCUGAGGGUGCAGUCCCUUAACCUGCCACUGGAAGGGACCGCCUAAACUCUUCCCCCCACACUCAAAGGUUUCUGUGUGGAGGGGGAGCAGGGAGAUCAAAGCUGUGUUGUGAAAGGGUAGGGAAAGAUGCUGGGGGUGGGGGUGCUGUGUUCUAGACCCCCUUAUUAUCCCAGUGUCCCCUGCCCCGCCUUCCCUCACCCCAUGCCCCCAAUUCUGUGGCGCAUCCAGAUUGUGAAAAUGUACAAUAAAUGUGUAAUGAGUAACCA